UUUUUAUUAAAUUCCUUGGUAAACAUGGGAAACUGAUGCACCUCUAAGGAUAAGACUGAGGGGGGAUAUGCCUCUAAUCCUCCGGUCAUGAACAGGAGAAGUCAGGUUAAGAAGAUUGUAACAACCACACAAGAUACUAGUGAUAGUCAGUCAGGCUCCUCUAGUGAUUUCUCGCCUGACAAACCUGUUGACAAAAGAAGCUCUACUUAUAAAGCAGCAAGCCUUGAAUCCUUUAACACUCUAAAGGUUAUUGGGAGAGGUUCUUACGGAAAGGUAUUCAUGGUAGAGGAGAAGUCCACAGGAAAGAUCUACGCCAUGAAAGUGCUCAAGAAAGGGGCUAUUACUGAUGAAAGAGGCAAAGAGAGAGUUCUGACCGAGAGAGAUAUCAUCAUGCAGAUUCGGCACCCAUAUAUAGUCACUUUGCACUAUUCUUUUCAGACCAAGACUAAGCUAUUCUUCAUACUUGAUUUCCUUAAUGGAGGAGAUCUCUAUACUCAUAUUAUGAGUUAUGGGAAGUUCAAAGAAAACAGAGCUAAGUUUUACACUGCAGAAUUAGUCUUAGCUAUUAACCAUCUUCAUAAGAAAGGGAUUGUCUAUCGAGAUCUGAAACCUCAAAAUAUAAUGCUUGACAAUGAAGGCCACAUCAAAUUAACAGAUUUUGGUCUCUCCAAAGCUGAUUUCGAUCAGGAUCAGAGCCACACUAUUUGUGGAACUAUCAAAUACAUCGCUCCUGAGACGAUCUCAGGAAUGAGCUACAACCACACUGUUGAUUGGUGGUCUUUAGGUAUCAUUCUGUACAGAAUGUUAACAGGGAAACUACCAUAUCCAACAAACAAGAACAGUGAAGUGAGAGUAUUCAUAGUCCACAACAAAAUUCAAGUUUCAAAGAAGAGGAUUCCCGAUGAAGUUACAAGAAGUUUCAUACUUGGACUACUAGAGAAAGAUCCAUCAGAGAGGCUUGGCUCCUGUGGAGUCGAAGAUAUUAAGAACCAUGAGUAUUUUGGAGACAUCGACUGGGAUGCCCUUGAGAGGAGAGAAGUAAAGCCUCCAUAUAAUCCAAGACUUAAAUCUGACAAGGAUGUCAAACAUAUUGACCAAAAAUAUUUAGAUCAAAAUGUUGUUAGCUGAACGAUGGAUGACACAGACCUUAAGAAUGGAAACAUGAACAAUCAAGUGUUUGAAGAUUUCACUUAUACUAAGGAAGAUCCAAUGAACCAACCUGGUAGGCAGACCGAAUAUUAAAGAUAAGAUUCCUUGAAAUCUUGG